ACAAGUGUCAUUGAUCCAACAACUGGUGCACUCAAUGUUACUGCAUACGAAAAUUAUAGCCCUGUGUAUAUUACUGCCAUGCUGGCUACUUGUUACGGCGUAAAUUUCAUGGUGAUUCCCGCCACCAUUUGUCAUGUGAUACUAUUUCACGGGAAAGAAAUUUGGAAUCAAUACAAAAAAACUCGUGAAGAGGAGGAUUCUGAUAUUCACUGCAAAAUGAUGGAUGUUUAUCCAG